UCGUCACCAAUCUAUAACAGAACAAAACCCGAGCUAGAGUCUAGAGAGAGAGAAAACACAAACACAAACACAACUAGUGAUUUCAGAGAGAGAGAUCUUGAAGGUGACGUCGUCGGAUAUUAUGGCGGCGGUUAGGAGAAGAGAACGAGAUGUGGUGGAAGAGAAUGGAGUUGCGACGACGACGGUGAAGCGGAGGAAGAUGGAGGAGGAGGUGGAUGUUGUAGAAUCGAGGAUAGUUUUGUCACCGUGUGUACAGGCGACGAAUCGCGGUGGAAUAGUGGCGAGGAAUUCAGCAGGAGCGUCGGAGAUGAGUGUUGUUAUAGUUCGUCGGCGAGAUUCUCCUCCUGUUGAAGAACAAUGUGAAAUCGAAGUUUCGUGUUGUUCUAGUAAUAAUAAUAAUAGAUCGGAAGAGAAAUCGAAACGGAGAAUCGAAUUUGUAGAUGUUGAGGAAAAUAACGGUGAUGAUCAUGAAACUGUAACGUCGUGGAUUUAUGAUGAUUUUAAUAAUAGUGAGGAAUCGAUGAACAUGGAUUCUUCUUCGGCUGCUGUAGAAGAUGAUGUAGAGUCUCGCCGUCGGUUAAGGAAGAGCCGCCAUGAGACGGUGAAAGAAGCUGAGCUAGAAGAUUUUUUCCAAACGGCGGAGAAAGAUCUUCGGAAUAAGAUGUUGGAAUGUUCUAUGAAGUAUAACUUCGAUUUCGAGAAAGAUGAGCCACUUGGUGGAGGAAGAUACGAGUGGGUUAAAUUGAAUCCAUGAAGAAGACGAUGAUUAUGAUCAUUAUUUUCACCAAGUACUUAUUAUUCUCUUCUGUAAUAAUAUUUGCUUUUGAUUGUUCUUUAACAAAAUCCAAAUGUAGAUAUCUUUCUUUCGAAUAAUCAAAUUACAUGUAAUCCAACUUUCGUUUGUCCUUCCAUAAGGUAAUUAAUUAGAUUCAUGUUUUUUUUUUUUAA